AUGAGGCAGUUGGUAAACGAGGUUUACCUGUAUGGCUACUUCAAUGCAACAUCUGAACUUGGAGACUAUGAUCCAUGCAAGCACACUGCAGGAUAUGUUUCGGAGUACCGCUUUGUUCCUGAUCAGAAAGAAGAAUUAGAAGAUGCCAUAGAACAAAUACACAAAACUCUGACGGGCCAAGUUCCAGCUGAGGCAGAACUGAAUUACUUAGGAGUAGCAAAGACGCUUGAAAUGUAUGGAGUGGAUCUUUAUCCUGUCUAUGGUGAAAACAAAUCUGAGUAUUUUCUAGGACUGAAGCCUAUAGGAGUAGUUGUCUAUAAGAAUAAAAAGCAAGUAGGAAAGUAUUUUUGGCCUAGAAUUACCAGGGUCCAUUUCAAAGAGGCUCACUUUGAACUUAGAGUUUUGGGAAAAGAUUGUAAUGAAACUUCCUUCUUUUUUGAAGCACACAGCAAAACUGCAUGCAAGCAUUUGUGGAAAUGCUGUGUAGAACAGCACACCUUCUUCAGAAUGCCAGAAAAUGAAUCUAAUUCUCUAUCAAGAAAACUUGGCAAACUUGGAUCUCUUGGUUACAAACAUCGAUAUAGUGGGAAGACAGCUAUGCAAAUGAAUAAAGACAUUUCUAUCCAGCUUCCUCGACCUAACCAAACAGUUGAAAGAAGUCGUAGUAAGACGUAUCCAAAAAGAACAUCAAAAGCACAACAGUUUGGAUCACAUUGUACAAACCAGGUUAUUACAUACAGAGAAACUGGGGAAAUUGAAGGAACCAAAAUUAUUGCUCCAUCACCAAUUAAAAGUUUUAAAAAGUCAAGAAAUGAAACCAGCCCAGAAACUCAAAGAAAUAAAACCAGUGCACCAUGGGAAGAAAACUGUCCUCAGAG